AUGGGGCGGUUACGCUGGCAGGUGGCGGCCGUGGCGGCCGUGGGCCUCGCGCUGGCCCUGGAGGCGCUGCCCUGGGUGCUGCGCUGGCUGCGGGCCGGGAGGCGGCGGCCGCGGCGCGAGGUGCUCUUCUUCCCGUCGCAGGUGACCUGCACCGAGGCGCUGCUGCAGGCGCCGGGCGCCGGGCCGGCGGGGCCCCCCGCGGGCUGCCCGUGCAGCCUGCCCCACGGCGAGAGCUCGCUGAGCCGCCUGCUGUGCGCCCUGCUGGCCGCCCGCAGCAGCCUGGAGCUCUGCCUCUUCGCCUUCUCCAGCCCGCAGCUGGGCCGCGCCGUGCAGCUGCUGCACCAGCGCGGGGUGCGGGUGCGCGUCAUCACCGACUGCGACUACAUGGCCCUCAACGGCUCGCAGAUCGGCCUGCUCCGCAAGGCAGGUAUUCAGGUUCGGCAUGACCAGGACCUGGGCUACAUGCAUCACAAGUUUGCAGUCGUGGACAGGAAGGUGCUGAUCACCGGCUCUCUCAACUGGACCACGCAAGCCAUCCAGAACAAUCGAGAAAACGUUUUGAUUCUGGAGGAUGAAGAGUAUGUGAGGCUUUUUCUGGAAGAAUUUGAGCGUAUCUGGGAAGAGUUUAACCCUACCAAGUACACCUUUUUCCCACAAGAGAAGAGAAGUCACUGAGCUGUGCUCUCUGCUCUUCUUCAGAGCUGGCGGGGAGAGUGGUGUUGCCGUCACAGGACUUCGGUGCCUCCAGGCAGAGCCAGAGCAGACCUACAGAAAAUGGGACCCAGACCCCCGUGCCCCGGCCGGAGCCGCUGCGGGGUUUGGUGCCGGACUCUGCGUUCUGCGUGAGAGAAACCUCAGUGCUAGAAAAAAACACUGAGUCUGCAUUCUCGUUCAUGCCAACGCUGAAGCGACCUGAAGAGUUCGGGGUUAGCAGCAGGUCGGCUGUCUGGGCCUGAGCUUGGGGGUUUUUCUCUCCACCCCAAGUCAGUUCAGCCACAGCCUCUUACCAGUGUGUGCUCUGGGUUGGGGUCAGAGUCGGAGGGUUUCUCCUCCCGCCCCACAGAGAAGGCCCAGUGCUGGUCUCGGCUUGAAAGUCCAGUUUCCUCUCUUGACUCCAGACUCUCCUGUUUGGCUGACGCCAGCAGGUCAGCCCUGUCGGCAUCUCCUGAACUGUCUCCUCUUCUCCCUUUGGCCUGGCCCAUCCCGUCCAGUGCAGCUGAGCCCUGGGGUCGGUCAGAGGUUGACAGUUGCUUCAUCCCUGCUGUCACCAGCUCCUGGGUGGCUGAUUGGUGGGUCGGAGUCAGAAAAGGGAAAAGAAGGAAGGAAGGAAGGAAGC